CCAUCAUCGUUAUAUUCAAUGCUACGUGAACCGCACCAUGUCCGGAUAUUCAUGGACCAUACAUGGAUCCCUUCGCGAACGGGGCUCUCCAAACCACCCACAGGAAUCGCCGGCGUAAUUGCAUAGCAGCCCUCCGCCUCUUGAAAGUUGGUAGAGGAGAAAGAUAAUCAACAAGCGCCAGGUAUAGACCACCGAGUGUCUAGAGGAGUUCCACGACGAGAUGACCUUGCAGCAUUCUAGCUUGUAUUUCAUCCAAAGUACCUCGUGUCUCGUCGGUUUGAAGCGCACAGGUGAAAUGUACAUAUGUUCUCCGGAAUCUGCCGGUCUGGGUCAACGCGAGAAAGCGAUGGCGGAAACAUUCGCAAGCCGCUUUAUCGUCGCCAGCGGCGCCGGCCUAAACAUUCGCAAGCCGCUUUAUCGUCGCCAGCGGCGCCGGCGUAAUCGGGAAACGCAUUGCUGAACGGCGUAUGCAACAUCUUCUCCUGCAUGACACCAAUCUUGUUGAGGCAGAUUGUUAUGGAUAGCCUGUUGAGAAACGGGGAGUUGAGAUGCUCGUAGAAGGCCGUGAAUGCAACUUGAAGUCUGCUAUUGGUGGAAUCCUCGGGCGUACAGCUGACAUCGUAGUCGGCGACGGAGCAAACGAACAGGAGCGCAUCCACGAGAUCAAAUCGGAAGCCGGUCUCCACGAAGAGGCCCUAAACCGCCCAAGCGAUCCCGUUCGACGGGGCAUCCAACACGCAGACGGAAUCGAACCCGUGGAGACUCCCCAAAACUUUGGCGAUGCGACGGCCCCUGCACCUCCAUACCGUUCGUAUGCAACAUGUAGACUUUGUCUCCACAUCUUCUCGUGCGAACGCGUGCACGUCCCUGAAGCCUGCGUAGACGCAGCGGAUGAAGUUGGGCACAGCGCCCACAGGAUACGCCAUGAGUCUGCGUCGAGGAAGGCGUCACUAUCAGCUGAUCGCUGAGAGGCGGAGGCAACGAGGACUGGACUCGGCGCGAAAGGUAGGUGCGUCUAGCCUUCACGCCGGUGAUCUACAUGCAAAGGGGUGGUAAACAUCUAACACCAUCGAACAUGUGUGACUCGCCUUCACGUCGACGUCCUACAGAGUCGGCCAGCUUUCGUCACUAGCGCUUCCAUCUCCACCCAGCACGCGAACGCGAUCGUGCUUGGAAUCUCUCCUUCCCUCGACCUCGAGAUGCCAUUCGUAACUUGACGCUACACCGUACCAGUCACUUCUCCCAUGCGAUCUGAUGCGUACAUCGAAACGUUCGCGAGGAGAUGACGGGCCAGUGGGCGUGCACUUGGUCGACGCAGGAGCGAGGCGGAGAGUACGAUCAAUUCCGUAAAAGAGAUGUAGACCAAUUUACUCCCAAGCGUCGCUGAUAGCCCUGCGGCUCGAGAAGGCUUUCCUUCCACAGCCUGCGAGUCCAUUCUUCUUGUACGCGUGAGAACCCCACAACCAUGACCAUCGAGAGAACAUUGCGUCGCAGGGAUAUGAGCGCUUGAGUGACGGAAAGGGAACAACCCCCAUGGCGAUGAGAGGAUGCC